AGGCGCGGACGGAUUUUGGAACCGGGUGCGGGUUGGGUCGCUCCGCCCAUAUCCAUUUCCACCUGACUGUCGAUAGCUGCUAAACCCCUCAUCUCUAAACUGCGACUCCACCAGAAAAUGCUAUCCUCAGCUCAAACCCCACGACUCCUCCGCUCCCCUACCACCACUACCACCACCCUCAAAUGCCUCCACUCAUCCCCGGUUCCAGCCUCUGCCACCGCUCCGCCGCCGCCCUCCCAAAUCCUGACCACCCGCAAAUCCUUAGUCUCCCGCCAGACCUCCGCCGUGGACAUCGCCAAGUCCUUUCUCGACCGCCUACGACGCACGGAGCCCCACCUUAACAGCUUCCUCCACGUCUCGCCUGACGAGGCCAUUUUGAAGCAGGCCGAGGAGUUGGAUAACAAAAUUAAGAACAAUGAUGCGGUGGGUCCUCUGGCUGGGGUUUUGGUUGGGGUCAAGGAUAAUAUCUGCACAUAUGAUAUGCCCUCGACUGCGGGAUCCAGGCUUUUGGAAAAUUACUGGCCGCCGUUCGAUGCCACGGCUGUGAGGAAGCUGAGGGAGAGUGGAGCUAUUGUUGUCGGGAAGACCAAUUUGGAUGAGUUUGGUAUGGGGAGUACCACAGAAGGCUCUGGCUAUCAAGUGACGGCUAAUCCUUGGGAUUUGUCACGGGUACCAGGAGGGUCGUCAGGGGGCUCAGCUGCAGCUGUUUCUGCUAGACAAUGCAUGGUGGCAUUGGGAAGUGAUACUGGUGGAAGUGUCAGGCAACCAGCGUCUUUCUGUGGUGUUGUUGGACUGAAGCCAACGUAUGGGCGUGUCUCAAGAUAUGGACUUGUGGCCUAUGCAUCCUCCUUGGAUGUUAUUGGAUGCUUUGGUUCAUCAGUUGCUGAUGCUGGAAUUCUCCUUAACUCAAUUUCUGGCCAUGACAAAUUUGAUGCAACAAGUAGCAAACGAGAAGUGCCAGACUAUCAGUCUCAAUUUGUUGCAAUAGAUUACUUGGAAUCAAAACCCUUGAAAGGACUACGAGUUGGUGUAAUUCGUGAAACUCUUGAAAAUGGAGUUGAUUCAGAAGUAAUCUCUUCGGUCCGUAGUGCUGUUUCACAUCUGGAAGAGUUAGGAUGCAGUGUGAUGGAGGUCUCAUUGCCGUCAUUUUCCCUUGGAUUGCCAGCAUAUUACAUUCUUGCUUUGUCUGAAUCAUCAUCAAAUUUGUCACGCUAUGAUGGUGUAAGAUAUGGAAAACAAGUUCCUGGGGAUGAGCUGAAUUCUCUUUACGGGGAUUCCCGUGCUCAAGGGUUUGGUUCUGAGGUUAAAAUGAGAAUUCUGAUGGGUACAUAUGCUCUUUCUGCUGGUUAUUAUGAUGCAUAUUACAAGCGUGCCCAGCAGGUCAGGACUAUAAUUCGGAAUAGCUUCAAGGAAGCUUUGGACAAAAAUGAUAUCUUGAUAUCACCUGCCGCGCCAUCUGUUGCUUAUAAGAUUGGCGAGAAGAAAAAUGAUCCAUUGGCCAUGUACGCGGGAGACAUAAUGACUGUCAAUGUGAACUUGGCUGGUCUGCCUGCACUAGUUUUACCAUGUGGAUUUGUUGAAGGAGGGGCUGGUGGCCUGCCUGUUGGAUUUCAAAUGAUUGGAGCUGCAUUCGAUGAGGAAAAGUUGUUAAAAAUCGGCCACAUCUUCGAGCAGACUCUUCAGGGCUGCUCGUUCAUCCCCCCAGUCAUAGCCGAUGAAUGGACUUCUUAAUAAGAAUUGCGUUGGGAAGCAGAAACUUGGAUUAGCGUAAGACAGGAAUGAGAAUUCUUUUCUUUUUGCAGGUUCAACUUUGCCAAUAGGAUCGAAUAAUCAUUGCAUUCUUUUCUGGUGGUAGCCAUUAGAUUUCUGGUGGAAAAUUGUGACAAGUCCGUUGCCUUGUACUAAUAUAUGCCAAGAUGGAGAAUUGGGGGGCUUCCGGUAGUGCCCAAAAAAUUCUUUUCCACUUGGUCUACCGUAUGUAAUUUUUGAACAUCGAAAUUUCUAUAUUCCAAUGGACAAACUUGGAUGAUAAAAUCAAAUGGUUCUAUAUAGAAAUUGCACUUAAAGCUUUAUUGA